UUAUUUUUAAAAUUUUACAAAGUAUUUGAUAAGUUAUUGGUUAAGGUUGAUAGUUUAAAAACACAAACACAUUAAAUUUUCCUAUAUGUAUCAGUUUUUGCACCCCUACGUGGACAGUUCCAAAAGAUCAAAUGGCGGUUUUUAUUGAAGUAAUUUUCCUCGCCGAACGAAAUUAGCCUACAGACAACAGAGUUCUGCUAGAUGGAAAAUAAUCUCUUUAUGCUGUUCAACUCCGACCAAAUUAAUGAAAAAUGACAGAACCAGCUAUAAAUGAGGAGACAGAAUUUUUUGCUAAUGAAAUUGAAUCUGAGAAAGCUUUGACUGGUGAAGGAGAUUUUUCUGAAAAGCCAUUAGAAGAUGCCAAGGAAAUCUGUAAUUAUCAAAGUGGCGAAUUCAGCAGUGCGCAUGUGUUUAAAAUUCCAGAGAACAAGGGUCUUACAAGGCUAGAAAUACAGGAUGCAGCCAAUAACAUCAUUGAAGCAACAAAUAAGAAACGAAAGAGAGACUCUGAUAUGUUGAGAGACUUCAAAAAGACAGCAGAAUACCAGCUCAGCGCAACCCUUCUUGAAAUGCAGCACCACAUUCACAAGGUUUAUGAAAGACAGGGGAAAUUAAUGGAGGAUAAGAUGCAUGAAUUGAUGGCACGUCUGGAGAAGAUUGGAAAGCUGGAGCAAGAACUGGGGGAGUUCAGGAAAGCCCUGCAGCUCCUGUAUCAUGAUAUGAACAAGUCAGAAUGCAUGGUUGGUGAAUGUAUGUAUGGGAAUGACUUCUGCAUUAGUGGCAGGGGGUGUCUCUAUGGAUGUCGGCAGGGGUACUCUGGCAAGAAUUGCGAUAGAACUUGCUCCUCAGGUUGUGUGGAAUGUCUCUGGGAUGGUUAUAAUGAGACCUGCACUAUGUGUAAACCUGGUAAAUAUGGUGCAGGCUGUACAGAAUACUGCAGCAAGAACUGCAAAAUUAACCAGACGAAAUGUGACAGGUUUGGCCACUGCCUUUAUGGCUGCAAUAUUGGCUGGAGAGGAGAAAGAUGUGAUGAGCAAGAUUGUGAUUUUGAAAAUUGUGUGAGCUGUGGCGUUACCAAUAACUACAUUUACUGUUCAAACUGUACUAUGGGAAAGUUCUGGAACAUUACCUCCCAUUCUUGUGUGAACUGCAGUGAUUUCUGUAAAGGAGGAAGUCUUGCCUGCAAUACUACAACAGGAGUCUGCUUCAAUGGCUGUAAGCAUGGAUACUUUGGUUACAACUGUGAUAAAAUAUGUACGAUAGACCACUGUAAUGAAUGCAAGGAAAACUACUACCACAGAAUGGACUGCUUGUCAUGUGAUGAAGGGUAUUACUCAGAGAAUUAUCAAUGCUUGCCCUGCAGAGGACACUGUGGCAAUGGAGAGUUCUGUGAUAAAAAUACAGGAGUGUGCCAUAGUGGUUGUGCACACGGAUGGUAUGGAAAGUAUUGUGACAGAGAGUGUCUGAUCGAGAACUGUACAAAAUGCUCUGAUCAGGAUUAUCCACAAAUGGUUUGUUUGAACUGUGACCAAGGGUUUCAUAUGUCAAUGAAUGGAUUAAUCUGCAAGGAAUGUAGCAGUCACUGUAAGGGGGGUCAGUCAGCCUGCAGUAACAGUGAUGGCAGGUGUAGAGAUGGCUGUGAGAUGGGAUUCUAUGGGGAAAGUUGCGAGACGAAUUGCAGUGCAUUCUGUGCUGGUGAUGGCUCUUGUUUGAUGCAAGAUGGUUAUUGCACAUAUGGAUGUCUAAAAGGCAUGUAUGGCAAUCAGUGUGAUAGGAGGUGUCCCACAGAAUGCACACAGUGUCAGGUAUAUAUAGACACAGGGAUGUGCUCAGAGUGUUUUUCUGGAUGGUAUGGAACAGUUUGUGAACAACAAUGCAGUCAGUACUGUAAGAGAAAUGCUUACAGUAAUUUCAUUCACUGUGACAAAGACUCUGGGAGCUGUUUGGAAGGUUGCCUGCCUGGGUAUUACGGUGAUUUUUGCAAUUUUACCUGCAGUGAGCAUUGUUCAUUGAAAGAGUGCUACAGAGAGAAUGGAAAAUGCAAGUAUCCCUGCAGUCCGUUCCGUUUUGGGGACUACUGUGAAAGUACUUGCCCUAAAAACUGUAAAUAUCAGUCACCUGACAGAAAGGCUUGUAAUGAAAUCACUAUGAUGUGUGUGUACGGAUGUCAGGAUGGGUUUUAUGGUGACUACUGCAAUAAAACAUGCCCUCUUAACUGCGAAAAAAGUCAGUGUGAUAGGGUAUCUGGGAUAUGUAAAGACUGCAUACCAAAAUUCUAUGGACCUCAAUGCAACAUUACAUGUCCUGUAAAUUGUAAUAAAGACAUAUGUAGUCGUUAUGAUGGAUCUUGCACCCAGGGAUGUUCUUCUAAUAUGUUUGGAAAGAACUGUUCCUCUCGCUGCAGUUCUUGGUGUCAGGGGGGCACCUGCUUCCACCAAAAUGGCUUCUGUGACCAGGGGUGUGAUGUUGGUAGGUAUGGAUUGGAGUGUGAAAACACAUGCAGCUCAAAUUGCCAAGGUGCUUUUUGUGAGCAGAUGUCUGGAAUAUGUACCAAUGGAUGCUUGGAAGGAUGGACAGGAGACAAGUGUGAUAAAAAAUGCAUACCUGGCAGUUUUGGACCUAACUGUGAUCAGAGGUGUGGAGUGUGUAAGGACAAUGAGGCAUGUGACUAUCGCAAUGGAGCGUGUCCCCAGGGCUGUGCUGAGGGGUGGACAGGGUCAACUUGUCAAAUGGCUCUCAGAAGCUCCAAUAGCUUGAAAGAUAAAAAUGCUGACACCAUGGCCAUUGCAGGAAGUGUGACAGCAGCCAUGUUGUUGACAAUUUUGACAAUCAUCAUUGUAACAAUUAUUGUCAGGCGGAAGCACAUGCAUCUCUGUGCUUCAUGUACAAAACCCCAAAAGAGCACUAAUGUCCUUGAAGAUGAAAACCACUCUCCAGAGACUUUUGGAUUCCAAAUGGAGGGUGGCACUGCUAUAAGAAAUGCAGGUAGGGAGUUUUUAUCCACUGGUGGUCAGAGAAACUUGGAUCUGCAUUUUCUACAAGUCUCCUCGGAGGCCUCAUUCCUCCAGAUGCCACUGGACAUUUCACUACGCAAUGGGGAAUACAAGCAUCACGCUGUGCUUGUCAAGUGUCUAAACAGAGAGCGCAAUAAAAACCAGAGGGUCAGAUUUAAGAAUGAAGUGGAUAUUCUACGGUCUCUGGAAGAUGUGAAUAGCUGUUCUAAUAUUUUCCAUUUUUAUGGCUAUUGUGAGGAUGAAAAGUUUGAAUACAGUGUCUUUGAGAAGUGUGACCAAGGGGACUUAAAGCAGCAUCUGAAACAGCUUCGGUACAGCUCUGAGAACCCUCCUAAUGUAACAUUCAGCACCAAAUCUACUGAACUAAUCACACAUGCUCUCGACGUUUUAGCUGGAAUCAUCUACUUAAAGGAGAAAAAGAUAAUACAUAGACUUGUGAUUCCAAUGAAUGUGUACCUGUUUUCUAAUGGAAGAGCUAAACUCGCCAACUUUUACUUUGCCAUCAGCUCAUCCUCAGAAUCUCAGUCAGAUCCAGUUCCUAGACAAUAUUACCCAUGGCUGGCUGUGGAGUCCAAGAGACAAUUGAUAUAUUCUAACCAAAGUGAAAUAUGGACAUUUGGGGUCCUUCUGCUGGAGAUUGUUAGCCUCGGAUACAGUUUUCCUAGAGAAGAAGGGGAAUUCUACCUUAUACCUCCAAAGUCAUGUGACAAGAAGUUAAAUUGGUUGAUGGAAUCUUGUUGGAGCAAAUCUCCUGCUAGCAGACCAUCUUGUCAGGAAGUGUACAGUCAACUUCAGGGUAUCAGACAUCACCUGGAAGUUAACCAGGAAGAUGAUUCGAUUGUCAUGACAACCAUGGUGUAGGAGGAAAUGCAAUUUUUGAAGCUGGAUAUUCAGACCUUGUUCAGAAAUCUACACAGAAACAAUUUCUUCCUAUUUCCUCUGCAUUGCAUCAUUACAUCUGUCCUCCAUCUAUUUUUUUUUUCUGCUUUAAGUGUGCUUUUAGAUACCAGACAGUCCCAAGUCCCAUCACUGUUUGGUGUGAAGGCAAUAUAGGGGACUUCGCCUUUAAAUGUGCUAGUACCACAUGUCCCUUUACCAAAACAAAUUCACUAUGAGUAUUGCCCUGACAAUUUGUAUUAUAAUUAUUCUUCAACAUGUUCAGUAUUUUAGUAUAGAUCAGGAGAUGUCCAAUGUUGUUAUUGUAACCAAAAUGUUUCUGUGUUGUUUUUGCUCUGGAAGGAACUAUAUGUACAAUGUACAUGCAUGCACUGGAACUACAUGUACAUAAUGCAAUGCCUGUACAUGUAAGUAAACUUGAUAUUGUGUGUGCCCCGGUAAUACAGCGCCAAGGGCUUGUGUUCAUGUCUUAAAAAGAAACCAGUUUAAAGCAUUCCUUUAUUGUUUUGUCUGUACAUAUCAUGUAUAAUCAGGUUAAUUUCUUUUUUACUUUUUUAUUGCAGAUAUUUUAUAUAUGUUCAUAUCAACAAAAGAGAUUUUAUUUUUCUUAGUUUUAUCAGUGUGUUAUGUGUUUGUCAUUUGUUCUGUUUCUUUCUGAAUGGUUUGACAUUUUGUUGCACCAUUUGAUUACUUAUAUAUUUAUAUAUGCUUGAUGUUGUGCUUAUACAUGUAGACACAUAGUUACCAAAUACAGCAUAUAAAAUUGAUAUACUGCAAGUGUGUUACAUUUGGCUGUGUAUUCUAGUAAAGGUCUUUGGCAGGAAGCAGUUUAUGCCAAAUCAUGUACAUUGCUAAAUACCAUGCAUAUAUGUAUAAUGAUACGUCCAUGUAGAAAAAAAAACAUGUUAAUUCAAUUCCUUGCUGAUAUGUUGAAAAAUCAAUUUCUGCAAAGUAUUGUACACCUAAAUAAAAUAUGUUCACAGUAUAUAAUUACAAAAUGAAAUCAGGUUUAUAUUCCUGACUUAAUGUUGACAUAUGGUGCUUUAAUUUACUUGACUAGCAUGAUGCAAACUACUUGAGCCAAUAAGGUAUUCAUGUUUCAAUCUCUUUUAUGUGAUUACUGUAUACAGGAAAAUAUUCACCCCUGUUUUAUUUUUGCCCCUUUGGGCCUUAUCAGGGAGUGAAUUCAAAAUGAUUUUUAAAUAACUAUGUUAAUUAAAAUAAGAAUUUAUCAUACAUUUUGUAUGGAUGAAUUCAAAAUGGAGCAAUAUGCAGUUUGCAAAAGUAUAAGGGCAAAAAAAAGGCACGAGGCAAAAAAAAUCUGUAUACAGUACUGUUGGUUGUUAAAUUUUUCUACAUGCCUGUAUUAUAAGUGAAUUCCUAUCAUGUUGUUCAAAUACUGAUGUUUUCUUGCAAGGUAUUAUCACUAAAUCAUAUUCAUUCUGAGGUUCUUAUUUUAAAGGAUAUAUUUUUGUACGACUGUAUAUCUGGAGAAGAAAACAUUUCUGUUUUAAAUAGCACUUUAUAAUAUCAAACUUUGAUUGUAUAAGAUUUAUGUAAUAUACAGGUUUCAUAGUAGUACUCAAGAAUAAAUAAAUCCAGAGAAUUUAAUAACUAAUGCAAUAGUUAUAUGAAAAUGUUUAUUUGGGUUAAAAAAAAAACUCAAUUCUGUCGUAAAUGUGUUUGGAUUUUGUUUUUCAAUUACCAUAAAAAAGCCUCUAAAAUAUAUUUAAGAUGCCAUUCUUUUCAUUUACAUGUCAUUUUAUAUGAAUGGUAAAUACAAAUUUAACACAGUCAUUGAUGUAAUUUCUGAUACAUGUACUGGGAUAAAACUGUGGCCAUUUUUAUUUAUCUCCAUUUUGCCUCUUUUUCAAUGUGAAUUCUCCAUAGGGUUAAUUCAAAGAUGGUGUUAUCUUUAUCUUUAUACACACUACAUUAUGGCCGAGAGAUUGGGUAAAAACAACCCUGUAUGCAGUAUUCUGUUUCUAGUAUUUUGUUUUCCUUUUUCCUAGUUCAUUUAAUUUGUUAAUAGACAAUCCCGAAUUGUCAUCAUGCCUAUCUUGCUCAUUAGCUUAUUACAAGCAUUCCAACAAUUAUAUAUAUAUAUACAUGUAUAACAAUUUCAAUUACAAAUGUAAUGUGAGUUGUGAAUGUAAUGGUUGUGACAGAAAGAGAACAGAAUAAAUAUUCAGGAACUGAAUUCAAAAGUUUG